GCUCUGACGCUAGAGCGGUCUCCUGCCAGCGUGAAUCAUGUCUCUCCAUGAAAACGAAGAGGCUCUUCCCCUUUCGGCCGAGGAUCAGCCCUUUUUCGAUGCCGUGAAGGCGGAAUUUGGUGACAAGUGCACGGACGACCUCGCGAUCCGCGUGGCUCGCGCUUAUCGCGGAGUCAAAAAGAACCGGCAGCAGUUUACGAUCGCAGAGACCAAGAAGAUCCUCGACGCUCGUGCUGCCUACAAUGCCGACACCGUCCUUCAACGCGACUUGCCCAUGUCCAAAAUGUACAACGAGUACUGGCCCACGUAUAUCUACGGUGAAGAUAAAGAGGGACACCUCGUUACGGUGGACCGCCUCAGCGAUAUCAACCCGGACGGGUUGUUCAAGACCUUCGCCAACACCGAAGAUAUCAUCCCCCACCGAUGGCAGUACAUGGAGCGCAUCCAAUGGGAGAAAGUCGCCAUCUCGAAGCGACUCGGUCGUCGAGUCUACAAGCACGUGUGUAUCGUGGAUCUGAAGGGUCUCAGAAUGAAGCUUCUAUCGCCGUCAGUGCUGAGCCACCUCAAGCCUAUCUUCGACGUGGGUCAACUCUACUACCCGGAGACGCUGCACUGUCUGUACGUCGUGAAUGCGCCGUUCAUUUUCUACAGCGCCUGGAAGGUCAUCUCGGCUGUCAUCCAGCCUGAAACGCGUGAAAAGAUCCAAGUGUUUGUACACAUGAAGGCAUUCUUGGAGGUGGCACAGAACCACGGCAUCCCACUUUCGUCACUUCCGUCUUACAUGGGCGGAUCACACCCAGGGCGAAUCAUGAACAAUUCGUUCACGGCAUCCGAGCCCGAUACUCCUUUGCCCGCUCCUGUAGUGGCUACAGUGACAACUGAGAAGGAGAAAGCGGCUCCCACCGGUACUGAAGCUGCAGCUGGGCUGGAGGUGUGCGCAGGAAAUUAG